CUUGUUGGUUCCAUUUGAACACUCGACUUCUGGCUCCUCUGUGGAGAAGCAGCUGGAUCCUGGUGAGGUGUGUGUGUUUGUGCAGAUGCUUCUCUCGUUGUCUCAUUUCAGAUUAUGUCAAAUGUUUGGUGACACGUAGGCGUUUGUCUACCUGUGGAUUUGACUCAUUACACUCCGCUGUGUUGAUAUAACUCCAGUGGGGUUCUAAAGGAUCUUAGCAGGUUAGUUUAUUCUCACAGAAUUCGAUGAAUGGUGUUGGCACUGUGUGUGUGUGUGUGUGUGUGUGGUCCAGGUAUGACUCAUGUUGUCACAUCAUGGGGAGAUGUCUUCCAUGUGGGGACAAAAAGCAGGGCCCCAUAAUGUGAAUGAUUCAAUUCUAUGGUUGAAAACUUGUUUUAAGCUUUUCAAGCAGGAGGCGUGAAAGUAAAUGAGCACGAAGCAAAUGAUUGUUUAUUCACAUUGUUUGUUUCAUCUUUGUAUGUGUGUUGCUUAAAAAAAAACACAUCUGCUGCUCAGACUUCCUGUGCACGUCUCGGAGGAGGAGCCCCCCCGACAUGUCCUGUAGUGAUAGGUGGCUCGUGGGGUCUCAGUCUUACUUUCUGGGGUCUGCAGAACAACUUGACUGUUAGAUUAGAUUGGGACAAGAUAAUGAUAAGAUUGUGAUGUCAGGACACUGGGAAGCUGAAGGUUGAGAUCCCUCAUUCCUCAAUUACACACUUUAGAUUUCAAAAACAUGAAACUUCCCCUGCAGCCUCACACAGGAACGUGGUUGGUUCAUAUCUCAGUUGAUUCAGGACCAGUUUCCAUACAAGGUGGUGUGCACCUUAAUGUUGUUUGUGAUCCACCAGUAACCAAGAGAAGAAGUAAAGUUCUCACCAAAGUUAACACGCUAACGGUGUCGAUGCUUCAUGUAAAGUUUCCUCGUUCCAGGAGGAUUCAACUCUUGCAGGCAACCUUAGCUGCAGCUGCCAGCGGGGGGGGGGGGGGAUCAGGUCAGAUGUGUUGACCACUUUGCAUUUCACGUCACAAAUACUGCACACAGCCUCGUGUGCGUCCACUUUCUACACACCAUUGCCUCCCAUUACAGACACUGAUGCAAACCUUCCCAGGAAACGUGGGUCUGCUCUCAUGCAAAUCAGUCGCUGCUCAAACCUUCACAGGAACUUCUGCGUUUCAGGCCUUCGUGUGUGUGUCUGUGUGUGUGUGUGUGUUUGACCUUUGUAUUGUUCCAGCCUUACUGAAUGGAAAGUCCCCCCAGCCUCUUUCCCAGGUUCUGUCUGAGUGUGUGGUGUAUUUGUGUGCAAUGUUGUGGUUUGCGUCCGGCAGCCAAUCACACAGUAGCUCUGAGGAAGCAGGAAGGAACCUGCCAGCGCUGCUUGACCAAUGAGAGGCCGGGGCUGGAGAACAUGGCCCCUUCAGGAAGCGAGUGGCGGUGUACGAGGGGCGCAGACCACUGACAGACUCUCUGCUCGACACGGCCGACGCUUCUCCGCCAUUCUUUUCACUAGGCUUCCUCCAUUUUCUCCAUCAAUCCCUCUCUCCAUUUGUUCCUGCUUCUUUUCUGUCUUUCCUCCACCUUCGGAUCCAGAUUCUCCAAAUCUCACCAGUCGUCUACUCUCGAAUCUACAACUCAGGCCAUUCCUCCUUUGUUCAGUCCAACCUUACCUCCAUCCUCCGGUUGCUCCACCUGCUUUAAAAGUAUGCUGGCGUACCGCGCUGUGCCGCCGCCCUCAUGUCCACCGACAUGUCCUCUCCGUCCAUGAGGGGGAAGUCAUUCGCGAGGCGCACCAAGCCGAGCACUAGGACAUGCUUUCGGGAGCAGAGGAGUGUCAUAACCAUGUCGUCUCCAGAGGUCUGCUGGCCUGUGCCGAUGCGAGCCAUCGGGGCUCAGAACCUCCUCACCAUGCCCGGAGGAGUCUCCAAGGCCGGGUACCUCCACAAGAAGGGGGGCAGCCAGUUCAGCCUCAUGAAAUGGCCGCUGAGAUACAUCAUCAUCCACAAGGGCUGUGUGUACUACUUUAAGACCAGUACCUCUCCAGCCCCACAGGGGGCGUUCUCUCUCAAUGGCUACAACAGAGUGAUGAGAGCCGCUGAGGAGACGACGUCCAACAACGUCUUUCCUUUUAAGAUCGUCCACUUCAGCAAGAAACACAGGACGUGGUUCUUCUCUGCCGCCAGCGAGGACGAGCGGAGGAAAUGGAUGCGAGAGCUGCGGAGGGAGAUCGAUCACUACAACGACCGGAAAGAGUCUCUCAUUCCCAGCGACUCUGACUCCGACGCCGACAGUUUCUACGGCACCAUCGAGCGGCCGAUGGACAUCAAGCACCACGACAGCAACGCAGACGACGAUUACGUUGAGGAGGACGAUGAUGACGAUGAGGAAGACUAUCUGCAGCCCGACGCCGACUACUCGCCGCCAUCUACAGGUCGCCCGCGGGGCCCCCCCCCCACCUACCCUCCCCCUCCGGUGCCGGCAGUGUUCCAGUUUCGUCACGACUCUGGUCUCAGUUUCCACAAAGGCCCGCCCCCCCCCGUCCCGCCGCAGCACAGGAACCCGACCGCCCCGCUCCCCAAAAGACCUCCGCCCACUUUCCCACCUCCCUUCAUCCUGAAGGAGCCCAGCAGAGGCCCCCCUCUUCCCCCUAUUCCCAUUACGUCCCACCUGCGCAGGCCCUUGUGUCACGACUCUCCUCCUCCUCCUCUUCCUCCUCCUGUGAACAAGCCAAAGAGAACUCCUCCUCUGAACAAGCCGCCCUCCCCAGGUGAGCCGGGGAUCCUCAACAGAGAGUGGCGGCCUCUGUCGACCCUUUCUAACCAGCUGGUCUCCACUCUGCCCAUCUGUGAGCGCUUAGAGACCAGGAUGCUGCCAAAUGGCCCCGCCCACUGCUCCCUGAAUGCUUUAGGGAGCCAAUCGCUGGACAACAACCGUCCCCGCCACAAGCCCACCCUGCUGAGCCACCAUCCCACCACCAGACCUGUGACUUCAGAAUCCCUGACCCCGAGUCUGAUGCCCCCCUUUCAACCGCAUCACCCUGGUCUUCCCCCUCCGCUCUCUCCUCUGCACAAACCUGGACUGCACAACAAGCCGAUGGCGAGCAAACCUCCUCCGCCGGCCGCCAGACCCCCGACGCCUGCAGCCAAGUCCAAGCCACCGGGAACCUCUCUCCAAAGAGCGUCUCCCGAGGGACAGAGCUUCCGCUCGUCAGGAGACGAGACGCCGUCGGAGUUCAGGUGGAAACGGGAUCCGGGGAAAGGAGACGACGACUCGGACGACGACUACGAGAACGUGCAGCUGCCGGACUCCGUGUUCAUCGACACGACCGAAACCUGCUUCGUAGAAAAGAUGUUCAGAGAGGGUCCCGACCCCCCCGAGGACGGACUGUACGGAAUCAGAAACUCUGGAACCAAAACCUCAAAGGUGCUGGUGGUGUGGGAUGGCGGUUUAGGCAAAGCCAGAAACUACCGACUGUUUGCAGACGAGGACAUCUUGUUCCUGGACUCCGAAGUGACCUUCCCCUCUCUGUCGACCCUGAUCGAACACUACCACACACAUCCUCUUCCUCACCACGCCUCGCUCUGCCUGCAGAAGCCUUUCAGCAGACCCCUGGGAUCCAAACAGUCGGCAGAGCUCGAGCCUCUGUCUUGGCCCACUCACGCUGCAUCGUGAAGUCACACGCAAACAAACAGACGAGUGGAAACGGGUGAAACCAUAAACUGAACUGAACAGCCACUGGAACCAGAGUUUCUCCUGCCGGACAUCCACAACUCAUGGAAAUAACAGAUUGGAAACAACUGGCACAGAUGGUUAAACUGAUCUGAACAUCCACUUACACCAGAAUGCUCAAAGCUUCAUGUUCCUGCAGCUGUUUGCAAACAGGAAAGUGUAAAAAGAUAAAGUGAUGAAGUCCAAUCCAAGAGAUUCAGAUGGAAGUGGAGUGUUUUGUCCACAGGGGGCGCUGUUACACAAAACGACACGGUUAUUUCCUAUGAGUCACAUCUUUGGACCAUCGAAUCAGGAUCAACUUUACUCUAAAACUUUGAAUGAACUAUGAUCUGAAUAAUUGAAUGAAUGAAUUUGUCUCAUCCGGGAUUUUCCACUUAAACUGUAGUUUUUUUUAUAAUGUAAAAAUAGACAUUUUGAAAGUAUAACUCAGUAUUACUCAACAUUACUGGUGCCACAUGUUUGAAAACAGCUGUUCUAGUUUGUGCAGCACUGACUUUAAUACUGUAAAUGACUAUAUAUGUACAUGCUGUAUCUACUGUAAAAUAAAUGUGUCUAUCAAAAUGUAAAUAUAACGUUUUUUUUACAAACGUGUAAUAUGUUGAGAAUUUAUAAAGGAUUGUUUAGAGCC